GGCCAUGCUGGUGAGGACCCUCUGGGGACACCCAGGGACACUCGGGCUGGACACACACAGUGCCACCUGGGCCUGAAAUGUUCCCUCUGUGUCCCCUAAUCCCGGUGUCGCCAUCAUCCCCCGUGUCCCCUGCAGGUGUGGGACGUGUCCACCGAGACCUGUGUGCAGCUGCAGUGGUUUGGGGGUGGCGGUGUCACCUACUUGGCCUGGUCCCCCGACGGCAGCAAGGUGCUGGCAGCCACCCCCUCGGCCGUGUUCCGGGUGUGGGAGGCCCAGAUGUGGACCUGUGAGCGCUGGCCCACCAUCAGGGGACGCUGCCAGACAGGGUGCUGGAGCCCCGAUGGCAGCCGGCUGCUCUUCACCGUGCUGGGCGAGUCCGUCAUCUACUCCUUGUCCUUCUCCGAGUACCGGGGGGAGAUGCAGGGGCAGGUGGGAGGCUCCAAGACAGCCUCGAUCGUGGCAGACCUGUCCGAGACCACCUUCGAGACCCUCUACGGGGAGGAGAGGAUUGGAGGAGAGGUUCAUUCCAUGGUGUGGGACCCCACCGGGGAGAGGCUGGCUGUGAUCAUCAGAGGUCAGUCCUGCCCCGUUCCCUGCUUGGCCUGGGGCUGCUGCUGCCCUGGGAGAAGGGA